AUGGUUACCAAGACAACUCUCAAUGUGGCUUUGAAGAAUCAAUCCAAUUCUAAUACGAUAUUCGCAUAUAUCACGGGACUAGCACUCGACAAUGGCAAUCAACGAGUUAUUCUACGCUCUGACGGAAAAACACCAUAUUAUCCAAGCUCUCCAGCGAAAGUAGGAAGUCCACUGGAAGUUGAUUGUGGCAUACCACUUGGGCCACCUGGUUCGACGGCUGUUGUCACUAUUCCUCGGAUUGCGGGUGGACGCAUCUGGUUUUGUAUGGACGACAAACUGACUUUCCUCCUCAAUCCUGGACCGGGGCUCAUCGAGCCCUCAGUCUCAAACCCUUCCGACCCAAAUUACAACAAGAACUGGGGUUUCUGUGAGUUCACAUUUAACGACGCUCAACUCUUCGCGAAUAUCUCCUAUGUCGACUUCGUCUCGAUUCCAAUAUCCAUGACUUUGACAAACGACGCCGGAGCUAGUCAGAGUGUUGCCGGUAUGCCAGCAAAUGGCCUCCAAACAGUUUGCGACAACCUCGUCGCUCAAAAUCAAAGAGACAACGCAGGUUGGAACCAACUUAUCGUUAACACUGCUGCUGGCAAACCUCUUCGAGCACUAAGUCCGAACACCGGCCACGUCAUGAACCAGAACCUCUUCGCAGGCUACUAUGAUUCCUACGUCAACGCCUGCUGGGACAAAUACACCUCUACUCCCCUCAAAAUCGACACACAAGCUGAAUGGGGCGUUGUCACCGGCACCGUCAAAAAUGGACUCUUAAUCUUCCCUGGCCUCGGCACGUUCGCUAAACCAUCAACCACCGACAUCUUCUCCUGUUCCACAGGUCCCUUUGGUGGCUACCCUAAUAACGCCGCUGCAAUGGGCGCGAUCGGUGCUCGUCUUGCUGCGGCGUUGAAUAGGAGCACGCUGUUGAGCAGUGAUACGCAGCCAACAAGUGAUUUUAGCGCAUAUUACGCAACGACACCUACAAAUUACUACUCGAGGAUUGUACAUGCGGCGAAUAUUGACGGGAGGGGUUAUGCGUUUCCUUAUGAUGAUGUUGGCGCUGGUGGUGGCGAUGGAGGAGAUCAAGCUGGGACUGUGUUUGAUGGGGCGCCGAAGUUGUUUACUGUUGCGGUUGGAGGGAGAUAA